CCAAGCGCUACUUCCGGGUUUACAAGGACGUUGUGUGCAGAGUUUCAAACAUCCGGUCACUUUCUUCAUAGGUGAACUUUGUAGGGUGUUAAAUAACAGGUGUUCUCGACUAAAUCGAGUGCACUAGGUAUCACACGGUGCGGUAUUUGGUGUGUUUUGUGUUCAUUCGGUAAUUUAGUGGAUGUUUUUAACAUAAAUAGCCGGGUUUAUAGAAAUUAACCUCGAGUUAAAACUGUGCCGCUGCGUGUUAACUCAGUGCGCGCAGUAGAUAAUCCUGACCCACACUGUCCCGGACAUCAGCGUGUCCUGCUGUCAUGGGCAGUCCGGGUCAGGUGAGCAGGGUCCGCGCCCUGUAUAAGCGGAUCCUGGUGCUGCACAGGCUCCUGCCGGUGGACCUGAGGGUUCUGGGGGAUCAGUACCUGAAGGACGAAUUCAGACGACACAAAUCUGCGUCUCCGGAUCAAGUCCAGCACUUCAUGAAGGAAUGGGAGGACUACAGAGACACCCUACAGACGCAGGUGCUCGAGGCUGCAGGAAGCGACAAGAUGGCGUUCGGCACUGACCUGUCCGAGCAGCAGCUCCGAGGCUUUCAGGACGAACAGAUCGGUCAACUUUAUGAGCUGAUGCUGGAGUCCACCAAACCCAACCAGCAGUUCCACAUCCAGGAGGACAGGUCACCAAAAUGAGAGGCUGUGAAUGAGGAAGAACAAAACGGACUAUUAUGAAUUAUGUACUGUUUGUGCAUAUGAUGAAUGUAUAAAUAUAUAUUAUACUGAUA